ACUAUAAUGAAUGAUGAGAAAUGUGUAGUAUGGGAUCUUUCUAUCUGGUCCCACCAAACCCUUUUUUCAAAUAAUGGUAGGGCAAGUUGGAGGACCCACACCCACUUGCUCUGCAUGCUACUAUGUAGAAAGAAUUCCAAUCAUAUACGGAGCACAAAAAAACUAGUGUUUGUGUACAGUUAUAUAUAACAGUAUUAAUUGCUUUUACCCUUUUUCACGUAGUUCAUCAUGAUUGUUUUGAUUUGCAUUAGUUUAUAUGUUGACUAAGAGCAUAUUUACACUAGUCAUCUUUCCCUAUGUCUCAAUGCAGGUAGGGUUAUAUAUUUCUGUAUACACGAUAUGACCCAUAAGUUGCUUCUCUCUCAUUCCUUUCUUUUUGCGCAUGUCCAUCUACAUGCAAUUGUAACUGUGUUUCUUUCUUCUGUAGUUGUGUAUAUUUUUGAAUCACAAGUUCAACGAUUCCAUGAAAUUCAGAUAUGGAUGUUUCGUGAUCAGGAAGUGAUGAAGGAUUGAUUAUUAAUCGAUCAUGGCCACUGGCUUAAUUUCCUCAAAUAUUACAUUAGUAGUUAACUGAACUUGUUGAGGGAUAGUUAACGGCAAUCAGCUGAUUUUGUGGAAAAGGUACAUCUCAGUUCUAUGCAAAGUAGAGCAAAAAUCUAACCUACUCGAACAGAAUUAUCCCAAAAAUGAAGUUUAUGAAACUUGGAACAAGGCCAGACACCUUCUACACAGAGGAGUCGACUAGGACAGUGAUAUCAGAUGUACCAAGUGACCUCACCAUUCAAGUAAACAAUACUAUUUAUCUUCUUCAUAAGUAUCCUCUUCUUCCAAAGAGUGGCCUACUACAACAGCUUUGCUCAGAGUCAGAAGAAGAAAAUUCUAGCAACAUCACCCUUGUGCUGCAAGAUAUUCCUGGAGGAGAAGAGGCUUUUGAGCUCUGUGCAAAGUUUUGCUAUGGGAUCACAAUAAAUCUCAGUGCACAUAAUUUUGUACCUGCUUUUUGUGCCUCCAACUUCCUUCAAAUGUCUGAAGCAGUUGAAAAGAUGAACUUUGUCAAGAGAUUGGAAGUUUUCUUCUCAUCUUGCAUUCUAGAAGGUUGGAAGGACUCCAUUGUCACACUGCAAAACACUGGAAGAUUGUUUGAGUGGUCAGAAAAUCUUGGGAUAGUUAGAAGGUGCAUUGAAUCCUUAGUUGAAAAGAUCCUGUUACCUCCAGCGAAGGUUACAUGGUCUUAUACUUACACUAGACCGGGGUAUGAGAAAAAGCGCCAUCAAUCGGUUCCAAAGGAUUGGUGGACAGAGGACAUAUCUUUCCUUGACAUAGACUUGUUCAGAUGUAUAGUUACUGCUAUUAGGUCUACAAAUGUGCUGCCACCGCAGCUUAUUGGAGAAGCUCUGCAUGUGUAUACGUGUCGUUGGCUACCAGACAUCACAAAAAGUAGGCCUAGAGAGAGCUCAACUUCUCAAGCUGAAAAUUGUUUAGACAGAAAAGAGAAAAUUCUGGAGACAAUCGUGAGUCUGAUUCCAGCCGAUAAAGGAUCUGUAUCAAUUCGAUUCAUGAUAAGACUCCUUGGGCUCGCAAAGUUUCUUGGGGCAUCUCCCGUAACAAAGGCAGAACUCACAAGACGAGCAGGCAUGCAAUUUGGGGAGGCAACAUUGGAUGACCUGCUGCUUCCUGCUCAAUCGUCUAAUGAUCACAAUACUUCUUAUGACAUUGAUUUGGUUAAGACAGUAUUGGAGAGUUUCUUGAGGCACUGGAAAAGACAAACUCCUACUGAUGAAAACCAGUCAAUAAGAUUAAUUAGAAAAGCUGGAAAGCUCAUUGAUUCUUAUCUGCAAGUGGUGGCAAAGGAUGCCUGCAUGCCAGUUCAGAAACUGGUAUCUCUUGCUGAAGCUUUGCCAAGAAUCGCAAGGCCUGAACAUGAUGAUCUAUACAAGGCAAUUAACAUUUAUCUCAAGGAGCAUCCAGAUCUUACUAAAGCAGACAGAAAGCAGCUCUGCCACGUUCUAGAUUGCCAGAAAUUGUCACCAGAGGUAUGUGCCCAUGCUGUGAAGAACGAGCGCCUGCCAUUGAGAACGGUGGUGCAAGUUCUCUUCUUUGAACAAGAGAAAUGCAACACAGCAACAAGUAGACAACUUCCAUCUCCUGAGAAAUUCCGAGGAAGAAGACAAACAUCAGAGAUCAGAGAAGACGUAAGCAAAUUAACCCUGAGUUCAGAUGAGAAGACCAGUAAAGCAAAGGUUAACAGAAGUUCAACACCUAGCACCAGUGGACUUCAUCAGAGAUCUGACGGAAAGCUGCAACUAAAACCUGAACCAAGUUUCAAAAGAACAGGUACAGGAACAGAAAUGGUCAAGGGGAGGGACAUCAUAGAAGAAGAAAUUCUAGAAAGCCAGCUGAGUCUCCACGAGAAAGCUCAAGUGAGAAGAGUAUCAGAGCAGACUUAUAGCAAAGGAAGAGAGAGAUAGCCCAUAACAUUCAGUAUAUUACACUGUAACUUUUAUUUUGCAUGGGCGUGAAUUUGUGCAAAUAUCCUUUGCCCAGUAAAGUACAUAUAAGAUAUCAAGAUUCAAGAUAAAACAUGUUACCGCAUGAUUCGUACAAAGUUCUUAAGAAUUUGUGGCAAUUUUACUUGUAACAGCAACUAUUCGGUAAUCAACUUACUUUCACCAA